AUGGGUGACCGAACAGAUAUUGAGAAGCUGCAGGAGAUGGUGAAGUUGCUGAUGGAUGAGAGAGAUGCGGAGAGAGCAGCCCGAGAAGCCAUGGAAAAGAAGAACAGAGAAACAUUACCUGUGAUGAACAUGUUCAAUCAUGGGAAUAUGAUCACUUUUCCUAACGGCCCUCGUAUUGAUGCUAACAAUUUUGAGUUACGCAUGCCCCUUAUCCAAAGGGUCGAGCAAACUCCUUUUGCAGGUAGGGCGACUGAAGAUGCUAACCGCCAUCUCUCCAAAUUCGUGGAAAUCGCAAACACUCUGAAAUUAAAUGGUGUCGACGACGAUGCCAUACGGGUAAGACUUUUUCCAUUCUCAUUGAUUGAUUCUGCUAAGGAGUGGUUUGAGUGUAUGCCACCAGAAAAGGUCUCCACAUGGAAGGACAUCGUAGCUACCUUCCUCGACAAAUACUACCCGCCAGGCACUAUUUUGAAGCUCAAAAGUGAGAUCUUUCAGUUCACACAAGGCCAUGACGAGCCCCUCUAUGAGGCAUUUGCUCGUUUCAAAGCUCUUCUUCGAAAGUGCCCAAACCAUGGUUUUUCCAUAGACCAUCAGGUAGGAAUCCUCUAUAAUGGAUUUAAUGAGAAAAUAUGUGCUAUGCUUGAUUCAGGGGCAAAUGGAGGAUUUCUAAGAAAGACAGGAGAGGAUGCCAUGGCGGUGAUCGAGGAGUUCGCCACCAACAGUCGGGGGUGGUCGAAGGAAAGGCAUGCCACGAGAAGAGUAGCAGCCAUAGAAGAGGCCGAAGAAAGUUCUUUUGCUAAGGAGUUAGCAGAACUUAGAGUCAGGAUUGAUCAAAUGGACAUCUCGAGGAAGGAAGAUCCAAUUCCGGCAACUUCCAUAGUGGCGGUCAAGGCACCCGAAACUGCCAUAUCAACUGUGGAAGAAAUCAACUACGUGCAAGGAGGCGGUCCCAGAAACUACAAUAACAAUUAUCGCCCUAAUCAGGGGGGCGGAUUUAAUGUUAGCAAAGGAGGAGUGGUUGAGCCGAUGAAGAAGGAAGACAAGUAUGAACAAGGAAUCACGAAGAUUUUGGAGGUAAUUACGCAAGAUAGGAAGAUUAAUGACACCAAGAUCGGAGUGGUCGAAGCAAGGAUAAACAACCUCGAGCAAGGAAUGAACACAAUCUCGGCAGCUGUAACCAAUAUUACCACUCAAAUGGAGCAAAUUCAGAAGAAGUUAGAUGAGGAUAGAGCAAAGGCAGCAGCAAGAGUGGAUGAUAUUAACAAGAAGUGGGUGGCAAAGCAGAAAUCUGGGGACUGCCCAGUCGCCGGCGGACCGCCGAACACCCCGCAGCGGCCCGCCACUGAGACGGCAGAGUCAACCACGCAGGACUGCCCAGUCGCCGGCGGACCGCCGCACACCCCGCAGCGGCCCGCCACUGAGAAGGCAGAAUCGUCCACUAAGCAGGAGCUUGUGCGGCACAACGGGAUU